CGCACACACUUGCCGACACACAGACGCCUUUAUUGUAUCGCACCGCAUCGCAGAACGGCAAGACCGACGAGCAGCCUGUCUGCACUGAUUUUACUCACUUCCUACUGCCUUCAUCAUUGGUGCGUUUGCAGGUGCCGUCCAGUGCAGCAGAGGGAUGAGGGAGGGCAAGGAAGAGGCCAGCGUCCGCUGCUGUGAGCUGCAGAAGGCGCUGGAUGCCGAGAGGGAGCGGUGCCGCAUACUCACCAUGACCCUGGUACUUACGUUGGCAAGGGGAGAAGGUCCACCAAGAGUGGGUGGGCGGAAUGGAUGGUGUGUUUGCGUGUCCAUCAGAGGGAGAAGGAACUGAAGCACAUGAACGAGUUCAGCAUGCUCACACACCAAAACAUGGUCAGUCAGCUCGCCGACGGCCUGCCCGCCAAUCAAUCAGUAGACUCAUGGCUCUCUGUCUGCUGCAGAUCUUCCGCAUGAAGCUCAAACUGGCCAACAUCAGCGCCUUCGAGGCCCAGCCAGAAGCCGACACGCACAUCUGCCCCCCACACCUCUCAGAGAAGAUCCCAGCGGCCCUCAACGCACCUUCAGCACGCACACGCCUCAUAUCCAUGGCCACUAGCGACACCGACGCUCAAGGAGGAGCGGACACAGACGAGGAGGGCAGCCCCAUCCACGCGUGGCUGCGAGAAUACGAUGAGUGGGACCGGCGAGGCAAGAGCAUGCCUGUGUGGCUGGCCGAGGAGGCCGACAGGGUGUGCUCAGACAUGAAGCACUGGGCUGUUGAGUAUGUCCUGGGGUGCCUUGAUGGUCAGGGGCCGGGGGUGGCCAGUGAGGUGGGAAGGCAGGGGAAGGAGGCCGGGGAUGCUGGAGUCAAGAACGCCGGCAGCAGCAGCAGCGGCAGCUACAGUGGCAGCAGUGGCAGCAGCAGCAACAGUAUACAGGACAUCAAAGAGGUCGCAGCCAAGGAAAAGGAACACCGCCUCAGCCAAAUCAGGUCCAACAGACACGAAGAUACGUACACCAACACAGCCUCUGUCGGCAACACGGGUGUAUGUGUGUGUUGUUGCAGGCAAUUGGAUGACACCAUCGAGGAGCUCAAGCGCGGCAAGGACCACCUUUUGCAGCAGCUGCACGUGACCACCGACAGGAUCGACAGAUCCGCGCCGGCAUCCCGCCCGCCCUUCACAAAAAACAGCAAAAACAACGGCAACAAGCGAUCGCACUCACAGACAGAUGAGGAGAGAGAAGAAAGCGGCCUAGGCGGAUCCACUUCCAAGAUCGAGCUCAACGCGACUACGAAGAUGCCCAUGCGGCUGCCGUCCUAUGCUGCCCACGACCUCUGCCGCCCGGUGUCUCCGAUGAUGCGUCCUUACGGCUUGUCGGCUGUGCGCAUCCACCCGCCUCCUGCCGCCGGCCCGGCCAGCCACCGAUCUGUCACACCCGCCCCCUCACAUCCCUCCAUGCAUCAGCUCAUGAUAGGGCACCACCACCACCGCCACCCAACGCCACAAAUGGGUCUGGGAUCGCCGCCCGUCAGCAUGCAUCACGCCACUCUCAACAAGAGCAUCAACAGCAUCGCGUGGAACACCGCCGGCAGCAGCAACAGCGGCAAGGCCCCGCAGCACAUGAGCCACAGCAUGCAGCUGGGCCCCACGCCGUCGUGCAGCAGGCUGCGGGCCAUCAGCCCCACACCAGCACCAGUGCACCCACCAGCAGGCAUCACCAGCCACCCCAACAUACUGCUGACCGAUUUCUACCCGUGGGUGACGGCGAAACACCCCUUCCCACAGAUGGACAUGAUCCAGCCGCCAUCGCACGAGCCGCAAACACAGCCACAGCCGCCUCCACCCCAGCAGCCGCCUCCUGCUGCUGUUGUCGUCGUUGGUGCUGCUAAGGUGAAGAGGGAGUCGACUCGGCCGUCGGCGGGCAGCGGGGCGAGCAAGAAGGCUCCAGCGGCCAAGAGGGAGGCGGGGGGGACGGCCCCCUCAUCUGUGAACACAUCCAUCAAGUCAGGGGGGGCAACACGAGACGAGACACACACAAACGACACGCUGCUGUGGUGCAUGUGUGUGUGUGUGUGUGUGUGUAGGUCCAGUAAGAUUCGCAUGGGGACCAAGGCGCAGCUCCAGCGGCCGUGGAAACAGAAUUUCUGAUGGAUCGAUGGCUGCGUGAGAAUGGG